ACCCCCCCAUAUAUGGCAGAGGGGGACUUCAUUUAUAAAAAGGGCCCACUGACAGACCCCUCGAAUUGGUCGCCAUUCUUUCAACCGGACCAGUGCACCUCCAUUCUCCUUCGGUAGGAGCUCAAAAGGAAACAGCGUUAACAUGGGGGAUGCUACCAUGAGAGAAUUUGGGCCCGCCGCGUCCUACCUGAGGAAGUCGGACAAAGAACGUCUGGAGGCCCAGACGCGGGCCUUUGACAUGAAGAAGGAAUGCUUUGUCCCUGACGCCGACGAGGAGUAUGUCAAGGCCACCAUCAGCAGCCGAGAAGGGGACACCGUCACCGCCCAGACCGAGAGGGGGAAGACCGUGACGGUGAAGGAGUGUGACGUACACCCUCAGAACCCGCCAAAGUUUGAUAAAAUUGAAGACAUGGCGAUGUUCACCUUCCUCCACGAGCCCGCCGUGCUGUUCAACCUCAAAGAGCGUUACGCAGCGUGGAUGAUCUACACGUACUCUGGGCUGUUCUGUGUGACGGUCAACCCCUACAAGUGGCUGCCGGUCUACAACCAAGAGGUGGUGGAGGCGUACAGAGGAAAGAAGAGGAGUGAAGCUCCUCCUCAUAUCUUCUCAAUCUCUGACAAUGCCUACCAGUACAUGCUGACAGACAGAGAAAACCAAUCGAUUCUUAUCACCGGAGAAUCUGGUGCUGGGAAAACAGUCAACACCAAGCGUGUUAUUCAGUACUUUGCCAGUAUCGCCGCUGCCGGUGGGAAGAAGGAAGGAAACUCUGACAAAAAGGGCACCUUGGAGGAUCAAAUCAUCCAGGCUAACCCAGCCCUGGAGGCCUUCGGUAACGCUAAAACCAUCAGGAACGACAAUUCUUCCAGAUUUGGCAAAUUUAUUAGAAUCCAUUUCGCUGCCAGUGGAAAGCUGGCCUCUGCGGAUAUUGAGACUUAUCUAUUGGAAAAGUCUCGUGUCACUUUCCAGCUGAAGGCUGAGAGAGAUUACCAUAUCUUCUACCAGAUUCUGUCUCAGAAGAAACCUGAGUUGCUUGAAAUGCUGCUCAUCACCAACAACCCCUACGACUACUCCUUCAUUUCUCAAGGGGAGACGACAGUAGCCUCCAUCGAUGAUGCUGAGGAACUAGUGAUGACUGAUGAUGCUUUUGAUGUGCUGGGCUUCACCCAAGAAGACAAAAAUGGCAUCUAUAAGAUGAUUGGUGCCAUCAUGCACUAUGGCAACAUGAGGUUCAAGCAGAAGCAGCGUGAGGAGCAGGCUGAGCCUGAUGGCAGCGAGGAUGCUGACAAAGUUGCGUAUCUGAUGGGCCUGAACUCUGCAGACCUCAUCAAGGGUUUGUGUCACCCAAGAGUCAAAGUAGGAAAUGAGUGGGUCACCAAGGGACAGAGUGUUCAGCAGGUGUACUACGCCAUCGGUGCGCUGUCCAAGUCAGUGUACGAGAAGAUGUUCUUGUGGAUGGUAGUGAGGAUCAACCUGUCCCUCGAUACCAAGCAGUCCCGCCAGUACUUCAUUGGAGUGCUGGACAUUGCUGGAUUUGAGAUCUUUGAUUACAACACUUUCGAGCAGCUCUGCAUCAACUUUACCAACGAGAAACUGCAACAGUUCUUCAACCACCACAUGUUUGUGCUGGAGCAGGAAGAGUAUAAGAAAGAGGGCAUUGAAUGGACUUUCAUUGACUUUGGUAUGGACUUGCAGGCCUGCAUCGACUUGAUUGAAAAGCCCAUGGGCAUCAUGUCUAUCCUUGAAGAGGAGUGCAUGUUCCCCAAGGCCAGUGAUGCCACAUUCAAAGCCAAGCUGUAUGACAACCACCUGGGGAAAUCCAACAACUUCCAGAAGCCCAGGGUUGUCAAGGGGAAACCAGAGGCCCACUUCUCCCUGGUUCACUACGCUGGCACCGUUGACUACAACAUCUUUAACUGGCUGGUGAAGAACAAGGAUCCAUUGAAUGAAACUGUUGUGGGACUUUACCAGAAGUCAAAUCUUAAAAUGUUGUCCAACCUCUUCGUAAAUUACGCUGGUACAGAUUCAGAUGGAAAAGGAGGAAAAGGUGGUGGAAGUAAGAAGAAGGGAUCCUCCUUCCAGACUGUGUCAGCGUUGCACAGGGAGAACCUGAACAAGCUGAUGACCAACUUGAGGUCUACUCACCCUCAUUUUGUCCGCUGCAUCAUCCCCAAUGAGAGCAAGAAUCCUGGGGCCAUGGAGAACCCUCUGGUGAUGCACCAGCUACGCUGUAACGGUGUGCUGGAAGGCAUCAGGAUCUGCAGGAAGGGCUUCCCCAACAGGAUUCUGUAUGCAGAUUUCAAACAGAGAUACCGCAUCCUUAAUCCUGCCGCAAUCCCAGACGGACAAUUUAUAGACAGCAGGAAAGGGGCUGAGAAGCUACUUGGUUGUCUGGAUAUUGAUCACAACCAGUACAAGUUUGGACACACUAAAGUGUUCUUCAAGGCCGGUCUCCUCGGGACACUUGAGGAGAUGAGAGAUGACCGUCUGUCACUUAUCAUAUCUGGGAUCCAGUCUCGGGCAAGGGGACUCCUUGCAAGGCUAGAAUUCCAGAAGAUUGUGGAGCGAAGAGAUGCACUACUGGUAAUCCAGUGGAACAUCCGUGCCUUCAUGGGAGUGAAGAACUGGCCCUGGAUGAAGCUGUUCUUCAAGAUCAAACCUCUGCUGAGAUCGGCGGAGGCAGAGAAAGAGAUGGCCAACAUGAAGGAAGAAUUCCUGAAGUUGAAGGAGGCUUACGCAAAGUCAGAGUCUCGCAGGAAGGAACUAGAGGAGAAAAUGGUGUCUCUUCUCCAAGAGAAGAACGACCUGCAGCUCGGUGUCCAAGCGGAACAAGAUAAUCUUGCAGAUGCUGAGGAAAGAUGUGAAGGGCUUAUCAAAAAUAAGAUUCAGAUGGAAGCAAAGGCCAAGGAGCUUUCCGAGAGACUGGAGGAUGAGGAGGAGAUGAACGCUGAACUAACUGCUAAGAAGAGGAAGCUGGAAGAUGAGUGCUCUGAGUUGAAGAAGGAUAUAGAUGACCUGGAACUAACACUGGCAAAGGUGGAGAAAGAGAAGCAUGCAACUGAGAACAAGGUGAAGAACCUAGUUGAGGAAAUGGCUUCUCUGGAUGAAAUCAUUACCAAGUUGACCAAGGAGAAGAAAGCCUUACAGGAGUCUCAUCAACAAACACUGGAUGACCUACAGAGUGAGGAAGACAAAGUCAACACUCUGACCAAGGCCAAAGUCAAGCUGGAGCAGCAAGUGGAUGAUCUUGAAGGGUCACUGGAACAAGAGAAGAAAAUCCGUAUGGACCUUGAGAGAGCUAAGAGAAAGUUGGAAGGAGACUUGAAGUUAACUCAGGAAAGCCUAAUGGACCUUGAGAACGACAAGCAGCAACUUGAGGAGCGGCUUAAAAAGAAAGACUUUGAAGUGAGCCAACUCAAUAGUAAAAUUGAAGAUGAGCAGGCAAUUAGCAUUCAGCUUCAAAAGAAACUUAAAGAGCUUCAGGCCCGCAUUGAAGAACUGGAAGAGGAGCUUGAGGCAGAGCGAGCUGCCCGAGCCAAGGUGGAGAAACAGAGAGCAGACUUGGCCAGAGAGCUGGAGGAGAUCAGUGAGAGGCUGGAGGAGGCUGGCGGAGCAACAUCUGCCCAGAUUGAGAUGAACAAGAAGAGGGAGGCCGAGUUCCAGAAGCUCCGCAGAGACCUUGAAGAGGCCACUCUGCAACACGAGUCUACCGCUGCCACACUCCGGAAGAAGCAAGCUGACAGUGUAUCCGAUCUUGGGGAGCAGAUCGACAACCUGCAGAGAGUCAAGCAGAAGCUGGAGAAGGAGAAGAGCGAGCUCAGACUGGAGCUGGACGAUGUGGUCUCCAACAUGGAACAUAUCGUUAAGACAAAGACAAACCUAGAGAAAAUGUGCAGGACCUUGGAAGAUCAGAAUAGUGAAUACAAGACUAAAUACGAAGAGGGUCAACGUUGCAUCAAUGACUUCAACAUGCAAAAGGCAAGGCUGCAGACGGAAAAUGGUGAGCUCUCGAGGCAAAUGGAGGACAAGGACUCCCUGGUGUCUCAGCUGACAAGAGGAAAACUGUCCUACACUCAGCAGAUUGAGGACCUCAAGAGACAACUAGAAGAGGAGACAAAGGCCAAGAAUGCAUUAGCCCAUGCAGUGCAGUCCUCCCGCCAUGACUGCGACCUGCUGAGAGAGCAGUUUGAGGAGGAGCAGGAGGCCAAGGCUGAGCUACAGCGCAGCAUGUCCAAGGCUAACUCUGAGGUGGCUCAGUGGAGAACCAAGUAUGAAACUGAUGCCAUCCAGAGGACUGAGGAACUAGAGGAGGCCAAGAAGAAGCUGGCCCAGCGUCUUCAGGAUGCUGAGGAGGCUGUGGAGGCAGUCAAUGCUAAAUGUUCCUCCCUGGAGAAGACCAAACACAGACUGCAGAAUGAGAUUGAAGAUCUCAUGGUGGAUGUGGAGAGGUCUAAUGCUGCUGCUGCCGCUCUGGACAAAAAGCAAAGAAACUUUGAUAAGGUCCUGUCGGAGUGGAAGCAGAAGUUUGAGGAGUCUCAGUGUGAGCUGGAGAGCUCCCAGAAGGAGGCACGGUCUCUGAGCACUGAACUCUUCAAACUGAAGAACUCCUACGAGGAAGCUCUGGAUCACCUGGAGACCAUUAAGAGAGAGAACAAGAACCUCCAAGAGGAAAUCUCGGACCUUACUGAGCAACUUGGUGAGGGGUCAAAGAGCAUCCAUGAACUGGAGAAACUGAGGAAACAGCUGGAACAGGAGAAGAGUGAGAUCCAAUCUGCUCUGGAGGAAGCGGAGGCCUCCUUGGAGCAUGAAGAGGGAAAGAUUCUGAGAGCCCAGCUUGAGUUCAAUCAGGUUAAGGCUGAAAUCGAAAGGAAGUUGGCUGAGAAGGAUGAGGAGAUGGAGCAGACCAAGAGGAACCUGCAGAGGAACAUAGACACCCUGCAGAGCUCUCUGGAAGCAGAGUGCCGCAGCAGGAAUGAGGCCCUCCGCUUGAAGAAGAAGAUGGAGGGAGACCUCAAUGAGAUGGAGAUCCAGCUCAGCCAGGCCAACCGGCAGGCGUCUGAAGCCCAGAAGCAGCUGAAGUCUGUCCAUGGUCACCUCAAAGAUUCUCAAAUCCAGCUGGACGAGUCUCUUCGGGCCAAUGAGGAUCUUAAGGAGAACAUGGCAAUCGUGGAGAGGCGUAACAACCUGAUGCAGGCUGAACUGGAGGAGCUGAGGUCCGCUCUCGAGCAAACUGAACGCUGUCGCAAACUUGCUGAGCAAGAGCUGCUGGAUGUCAGUGAGAGGGUGCAGUUACUGCACUCACAGAACACCAGCCUGAUAAACCAGAAGAAGAAGCUGGAGGCCGAUACGUCCCAGCUUCAGUCUGAGGUGGAGGAGGCUUUGCAGGAGUGCAGGAAUGCUGAGGAAAAGGCCAAGAAGGCCAUUACUGAUGCGGCCAUGAUGGCAGAGGAGCUAAAGAAGGAGCAGGACACCAGCUCUCACCUGGAGCGCAUGAAGAAGAACAUGGAGCAGACCAUCAAGGACCUGCAGCACCGCCUGGAUGAGGCUGAGCAGAUUGCUAUGAAGGGGGGCAAGAAGCAGGUCCAGAAGCUGGAGGCCAGGGUACGGGAGCUGGAGACCGAGGUGGAGUCUGAGCAAAAGAAGAGCGGUGAAGCAGUGAAGGGAAUCCGUAAAUACGAGAGACGAAUCAAAGAGCUGACAUAUCAGACUGAUGAGGAUCGCAAGAACGUCACUCGUCUCCAAGACCUUGUAGACAAGCUGCAGCUGAAGGUCAAAGCCUACAAGAGGACAUCUGAGGAGGCUGAGGAACAGGCCAACUGCCACCUGGGCAAGUUCCGUAAGCUGCAGCAUGAGCUGGACGAGGCUGAGGAGAGAGCGGACAUCGCUGAGACACAGGUCAACAAGCUGAGGGCCAAGAGCCGCGACGGGGGCCCCAAGAGGGGGCUGGAUGAGGAGUGAUUCUACCGGAGGUCCACCAUGGACCCUUUGGAACUGAUUAGGGUUCCCCCGGUCCCCAAUGUGUUUCUGUAGAAUAAAGCGAAAGUGCAUUCAAAUAUAAUAA